UGCCCAGGAGGCCAAGAUGACUUCUACCUUAUGGUUGGCAGGGGCACUAUGUUGUCUGACAUGGGUCCCAGGUCUGCUGGAAGCCAAGUCAUUGCUGAGUGUUAUGAAGCAGGAAGAGAUGGUUCCUGUCAGUGCUGUCAGUAUCGACUCUGAGAAAGCCAAUGACUUCCUGACUCACUCCAGACCAAAGCGCAAUGUGGACCCCAAAUGGUACAGGAACCAGCCAGACUUCCAGGCUUACUACCGCUACUACAGCAGCAUCGGACACACUGAGGGGCUGUAUGAGAUUGACAAACUGAGGAUGCUGUACCAGCAGAUGAGGUACCUGGAGCACACAUAUGGUCCCAAUGCCUCUUACUUCCAAAGCAAAUUGGGAGUGCCUGUCAUCAUGUGCGACCCAGCCACAGACAAGAAAUGCAAACCGCCUCCCCCUCCUCCCCCUGCCCCGAUGAAAGGGGCCCCAAAGCCCACAGAGCCCCCUCCCCCUCCUCCUCCGGCCAUCUCCCAGGCUGACGUGCUAUACCUCUGCAACAAGAAAGACCCCCUCUGCAAGCCCCAUAUUGUCUACCUCCCCAGCGGCGCCGUGCCCGUGCUCUGUGACCCCCGCUACCACCCUCACUGCACGCCCCAAAAGGCCCCCGCCCCGGUGGCUGUGCCCCAGCACCCUCCACCUCCUCCACCAAAGAAGGCCGCCCCACCUCCUCCACCAAUCCUCAUUAAAAAGUCUCACCCACCACCACCACCACCAGCCCCCAUCCGCACCUUCAAGGGCAUGGAGUACGACUGUGACCCCUACUGGGAUCCUGACUGCCUGAUCGACCACCCACCCAGGCCGGUCAAGGGGAAGGUGGUACUCCCCCCACCCCCUCCACCUCCAGUGGAAGAGGAGGAGGAGGAGGAGCCCGUGGAGGAGCCAGCUCCUCCUGCACCCAUCGCCAAGAAAGUGUCUCUCUACCCCUACCCUUACUACUUCCCCAUGCCCUACGACCCCAGGGAUGAUCUGUAUGACCCAGUCCGCUUCCAGUACCCCCAGCCCGCAGCUGCUGCUGAUGAACCAGUCCAGGACAGUGAGUAG